AUGCCUAUCAUUCAGCGCUCCGCCGUUCGCGCUGUUUCGCGCGCAUCUCGCAUGGCCAGCCGUGUGGCUCGCCAGAAUGCAGCUGGCUUGUCGACCGCCGCCCGUGUGACCGUCCCGUCGGUCCGCUCGGGUGCUGUCCCUAGCAUUGCCAAGGCUGUUAAGGUGCCUGCCCGUGGUCUUGCUACUGAGUCCGCCUCAGGUGCUGGCCAAGUUGGUAACAUCCGUGCCGUCAUUGGUGCCGUUGUUGACGUUCACUUCAAUUCUGAGGACCUCCCUGCUAUCUUCAACGCUCUUGAGGUUCAGGAUGUGAAGGGUGGCAACCGACUCGUUCUUGAGGUCGCCCAGCACCUUGGUGAAAACACCGUUCGUUGCAUUGCCAUGGACGGUACCGAGGGUCUCGUCCGUGGCCAAAAGGUCGUCGACACAGGUGCUCCCAUCACCAUCCCUGUCGGUGACGGUACGCUUGGACGUAUCCUGAACGUCAUUGGUGAGCCCAUUGAUGAACGCGGCCCUGUCAAGACGGAUGCUUACCGCCCUAUCCACCGUGAGCCUCCGUCGUUUGUGGAGCAGUCAACGGACGCUGAGAUUCUUGAAACUGGUAUCAAGGUCGUCGACUUGAUUGCCCCCUACGCCCGUGGUGGUAAGAUUGGUCUGUUCGGUGGUGCCGGUGUCGGUAAGACUGUGCUGAUCCAGGAGCUUAUCAACAACAUUGCCAAGGCUCACGGUGGUUUCUCAGUCUUCACCGGUGUAGGUGAGCGUACCCGUGAGGGCAAUGACCUGUACCAUGAAAUGAUUGAGACCGGUGUGAUUAACGUCGAUGGUGACUCGAAGGUGUCGCUCGUGUUCGGUCAGAUGAACGAGCCUCCGGGUGCCCGUGCCCGUGUGGCCCUUACUGGUCUCACGGUCGCUGAGUACUUCCGUGACGAGCAGGGUCAGGACGUGCUUCUCUUCAUUGACAACAUUUUCCGUUUCACCCAGGCUGGUUCGGAGACCUCGGCUUUGCUUGGUCGUAUUCCUUCGGCUGUCGGUUACCAGCCCACGCUUUCGACGGACAUGGGUGCCAUGCAGGAGCGUAUUACCACCACCAAGAAGGGCUCGAUCACCUCGGUGCAGGCUGUUUACGUCCCUGCCGACGAUGUGACUGACCCUGCUCCGGCCACGACCUUUGCUCACCUUGACGCCACGACUGUGCUUGACCGUUCCAUCGCUGAGCUUGGUAUCUACCCAGCUGUCGACCCUCUGAACUCUCAAUCGCGUAUGCUUGACCCGGCCAUUGUCGGUCAGGAGCACUACGACGUGGCCUCGGGUGUGCAGAAGCUGCUGCAGGACUACAAGUCGCUCCAAGAUAUCAUUGCCAUUCUGGGUAUGGAUGAGUUGUCUGAAGAGGACAAGCUCACCGUCGAGCGUGCCCGUAAGAUGCAGCGUUUCAUGUCGCAGCCUUUCGCUGUUGCCCAGGUCUUCACUGGUAUUGAGGGUCGUCUCGUUGCUCUCAAGGACACUGUUACUGCCUGCAAGGAGAUCCUUUCUGGCAAGCACGACAGUCUCCCUGAGGCUGCCUUCUACAUGGUUGGUAACAUCGGCGAUGUGCUUGCCAAGGCCGAAGAGAUCAGCAAGCAGUCCAACUAA